AUGACGAUUACCGAAAUCAUCGAUGCCAUUCCUGAGAGUGAGGACACUCUCAAAAUUCAAAGGAAUGAGGAGCUUCUUCUACAUAUACCGGAGCCUCCAGCCAAUAUGAAGUUGUGGUCAGAGAAGGAACCUUUAGCUGUAGCCCAUUUUUCUCCUACCUAUACCCCCAAGGCAUUUACGCCCCCGAAGGAUAUCUAUGGAGGCGAUUUUCUUAGGGUUGAGCGACAGCAAAUGUCGUGCCGACAGCCGUUUUACCACCGGAAUGCAGAGGUUGAAGAACUCUCGUUCCAAGUUGCCGGUGAACGGACUCUGAUGACCGAACUUGGAACACUGGAACUCCGUCCCGGCGAUUUUUCCAAUAUCCCGGCUGGAAUCGCGCACGACAAUUUUGGUCGCGAGGAUAUACACUUACUCUUCUACGUCCAUCCACCCCUAACAGAGUGUGGAGUUGUGGAUCGUGCUGCUGAGGCGAAAGACAUUCAGUUUGAUGGUUGGAAGCCCGAGAAUGUGAAGGAGAUUAUGACUGAAUGUUUGGGCGCUCCUGGAUGCGACAUUUCUAUUUCUCUUGCCGAUGAGAAGCUGCUGUUAAGCCUUACAGCAAAUGACCGAGCGAAAGGAGGUGAUAGGCUCCAUGCCAUGAAGACCGUCGGAUCUCCCGGCCAGACUGAAUGGCUGUACAAGACUUCGUAUGUCUGGAUCGGUGCUCUUCCCUUGGUAGAUUCAACUGGCGAGGUCUAUCAUCGCCAUCGCCGAGCAGAUUCAAUCCAGUAUCAAGUCCGAGGAGAGCGAACCAUAGUCAGUCAGCGGGGAACAGUUCAUUUAGAACCAGGUGAUUUCAUCAGUAUUCCAAGAGGUUGUGCUUACACAAGCAUCUGUGAGGGUGAAAGCUACCAUAUUGUUGUGAUGACAAAUAAGGAGACUCCAUUAAAAUCAGAGGCUACCAAACACGCGAAGAAGGAGUCUAUGGAGUAUGUUUCUGCUGCUCGGGAACGUGUGCAAGCGAAGGUAAAGGGCUGCUAG